UGCUCCAUCGGCUCGGACGGAAGUGGGUUUGUUUUGAUGCCGCCGGGAGCCUGAACAACGUGCUGUUGCGUUUUUCCUGCUUUCCAAGCAGUAAUCUCAUAGAAAACACAUAAAAUGUCCACCGAGGAGGGGGAAAUCGACAGCUGCUGUCCAGAGGAGGAACAGAAGGUCGCGAAACGAAAGAUUUCUCUCUCGAAUUGUGGAGUCUGUGGCUCUGAGGAAGCGAAGUAUACAUGUCCUGCCUGCUUCAAACACACUUGCAGUUUGCUGUGCGUGAAGAAACACAAGGACGACUCGGGAUGCAGUGGAGUUAGGAAUAAAACAGCUUUUGUCACGCUGUCUCACUUUGACGAAAUGGCACUUCUCAGCGAUUACAGGUUUCUGGAAGACACCGGCAGAUUUGCUGAUGGCGCCACCAGAGACAAUCUCAUCCAGGCACCGCGUACAACUUCCAAAGCAAAGAAGCUGGCCGCCCAGGCUAGAAAGAUGAACAUCACCCUGAAAUUUCUCCCUGUCACCUUCAGCAAGAGCAAAGAAAACUCCACCUACUUUCUUUCAAAGGACAAGCAAUUCCUGUGGCAUCUGAAGCUCAUAUUUCCUCAGAGCAGCUCGGAGUACAUUCAGAGAAGGGUGUCUGACAGCCAAACCUUGAUCCAGAUCCUGACUGCUUAUAUUCACCCCACUGAGUCAGAUCCUGUAGCUCGUCAAAAGUUGAAGAUGUACGUGCAUCAUCCGUUUGAUGAUGUGAAAGUUUUCAUGAAGGCAGAGGGGCGAAAGGCUAACUCUGUGAGGUACCACCAGCUGGAAGUUGAGAAAAGCCUUAAGGAUAACCUGAGCUACAAAACAAUCAUUGAGUAUCCUGUGCUGCAUGUCGUUCUCAGAGAUCACUGGGAGGACUACCCACUUAAAGGGCCAGCUGAACCUGUAUCAGCCCGCGCAGGUUGUGCAACAAGGAAUGCAUCAGGGGACCAAGAGGAGGAGGAGGAGGAGGAAGAGGAAGAGGAGGAGGAGGAGGAGGUCCAGCUUCCACAACCAAUAGAAGGGGAAACCAACUUCUGCACGAGAACCCAAGACACAACUGCUGAGCCGGAACCACCACUGCAGAAAAAGGCCAAGAGGGACUCAGGGGAGGAAGAGCAAGAGGAGGGAGAGAUCGUGGAUAGCAGUGAUGAAGAGGAGGAAAAUAUCAGCAGGGAUCCGUGUUUAAGAAAAGACCUUCCUGACGAUGACUCAACUUGUCGAGAAAGCUCUGAAGUCAGAGUGACCGAGGAGAACCCUGUCUCCGACUCGUCCGCUCUCAGCUUGGCCGUGAGUCAGCAGCUGCUUCAGGCAGCUGUCCACCAGAGUGACGAUGGGGCGAGAGAACCCUGUUAAACUCGGUCUGUGCCGUCACUCAGCAGAACCCUGCAAACAAACGGGCUGCGUGAAACGAACAAACAAAUCUAUUUUUAGAUGGAUCCACAACCAUGUGUUUGUCUGUUUUAAAUUUUCUCAAAUAAAACCGUUCUUUUUGGAAUAAUUGUGUUGAAGUCCAAGUGCGUUCGCCUCAAAAUAAAAUGCAGGAAGGGAGGGCGGCGAAACCCAUCAGAAUGUUCUUCGAAAUGUCAUGUUGUGUAAUAAACCUGGAAGACAAA